AUGUCACUUAACGAUUUUUUGGCGAAGUCUUACGGCUCAAAGCACGGUAAAGAGAAGACGAAAAAGUCUAAGGAUAAGUCAUCACACAGAAAGAGCGAUGAGUCUAAAAGAGUCACAUCAAGAAAUAUUGAUAUUAUUGACAAGGCUAAUCUUAUUACUGAAGAAAACAAGAAGGCUGCAAGCUCAAAUAAAACAGGAAAGUCUCUUUGGAAAAACCUUGAAACUGAAAAGUUGGAACUUGUACAACACGUUGAUGUCGACAAAAAGGACGAUAGUAAGGAAAGGAUGUCGUCAGGCGCCUUUGCUGGGUUACAGACAGCAGAAGAGAUGGAAAAGCAGAUCGCAGAAAAGGAAAAACUUUCUAUGCAAAAAUCAGGGCUUCUCAAGAAGAAUCAGAACACAGUAUAUAGAGACGAAAAAGGUAAGGUAAUAGAUGGAUACGAAGAAGAAUUGAAACUUCGAGAAAAGGCUAAUUUGACAGCGAAAGUACGUAAGGAAGAAGAACUUAAAAUACGAAAUAUAGGCGAAGUACAAAUAUCAAAACUUGAUCGCAAAACUGAGAAAAGUGCAUUAUUAUCAACCGAAGAUCCAUUGAAUCAAGGAAACACCCUGCGAGGAACGAAUACGUCACUGUUGGGUCGAAGGCUUUACGAGAAAAACUUUCCAGAAAAUCGGUUCGGUAUCGUUCCCGGUUAUAGAUGGGAUGGAGUUGAUAGAUCAAAUGGGUUUGAAACUAAGUGGUUUGCUAAGAGUCACGAUAUCGCUGAUCAAAAAAUAAAGGAACAAACAACAAACCGGGAAUUUUGA